AUGGACAAUGGUCAAGAGGGAGGGUUGGAACCAUAUCACGAGGAGCUAUUAGGGGAACCUGGUGGGGCUGACUGUGGUCAGGGGCAGCUGAACUAUGCAGAGACAAGACUUAGUCAAUUGGAAAACUGUCAUUGUGAGAAGACCUGUCAAGUGAGUGGACUGCUCUAUAGAGACCAAGACUCCUGGGUUGAUGGUGAUCACUGCAGGAACUGCACAUGCAAAAGUGGCGCUGUGGAAUGUCGAAGGAUGUCCUGUCCCCCCCUCAACUGCUCUCCAGACUCCCUCCCUGUGCACAUUGCAGGCCAGUGCUGUAAGGUCUGCCGACCAAAAUGUAUCUAUGGAGGAAAAGUCCUUGCAGAAGGCCAGCGGAUUUUAACCAAGAGCUGUCGGGAAUGCAGAACUGUGUGGAGGGUCGGCGCCCCUGACCCUCGCAUUGUUCAAGGGUCAACUAUGAUGCCAAAUUCUAUGAAAAAUACAGAGCAGGUUGAAGGGCUAGAGAGCUUUGAGGUGGGGAUGGAUGGUCUGGGAAAACGUCUCGGAGGAGGUCAUAUUUGA